AUGAAAGAAACAACUCGCCGCCUGCGAUACAAUGUAGCCACGUCUUUAGACGGCUUCAUUGCACCCCUAGAUGGAUCGUCAAGUUGGAUCGUGCAUGACUCUAGCAUCGAUUUCGACGCACUCUAUGCACAAUUCGACACCUUCAUCAUGGGGCGCAAGACGUACGAAUGCAUGUUCGCUAUGGGCGAGCAGAAUCCUCUACUCAAACAGUCAAAAGAAAAUAUUGUCGUCUUCAGCCGGACGUUGAAGAGUGAGCAUCAUCCUCAUGUAACGAUUGUGUCGGGCGAUUUCACGGCGUAUGUGGCCGAGUUGAAGAACCGCGAAGGCCGGGAUAUCUGGCUUAUGGGCGGCGGCUCACUGGCCGGGCCGUGCCUUGAUGCGGGGAUGCUGGACACGGUGGAGGCGGCAAUCAUGCCGGUCAUUUUAGGGAAGGGGACGCGGAUGGUGGAAAAUACGUCGCUUACGCCUCAUGGCGGGUUCAAAUUGGAGUUACUGGAGAGCACAAGGUUGGAGGGCAGUGGGAUCAUCAUGACUAAGUACACUGUCAGCAGAGGCAUGGCUUUCCUUAUCCUGGCCGGAUUUGGCAAAAUCGGUCGCCAGCUCACCAAGCUUCUGGCCAGCACCGACAUCCCGACAUACCAGUCAUCCCGGAAGGGGGAGUCCACUACAGAGCCCGGUGCCGACAAUGUCAAGCCGAUCGCCUUCGACUGGCUAGAUGAGAAGACAUGGGGGCCGGCCCUGGAUGUAAAUGCCACGAGUGUGUUCCUCGUCGCGCCACCCGUGUUGGACAUGCUGCCUCCGAUGCAGUCCUUCAUCGACCAGGCGCGAUUGAAGGGGACCAAACGCUUUGUACUGCUGAGUGGAAGCCCCUGUGAGCCGGACAUUAACGGGCAAGCAAUGAGCCGGCCGCAUGCAUAUUUGAAGCAACUGGGCGACAAGGGGGAGGUGGAAUGGGCCGCACUGCGCCCGACGUGGUUCCAACAAAACCUUGUUGAGCAGCGAAACCACGUUGACUCGAUCAAGAACGAGAGCACAAUCUACUCCGCGACAGGGGACGGCAAGAUUCCGUGGAUUGCGACCGAGGACAUUGCAGCAUGUGGGCUUCAGCUUCUCCUCCAAGAAGACGCGCCCAAUGAUCAAUAUCUCCUCCUUGGACCGGAGUUGCUCGGCUAUGACGAUAUUGCCAAUAUACUCACCGAAGUUCUCGGUCGUAAAAUCAUUCACAAGGACCUGUCAAGAAGGGAACUGGAGGAUCGGUUCGUUGACCUGGGGAUAAUGCCGCGGGAUUACGCAGAGAUGAUGGGGGGGAUGGACACGGACAUCAAGAAUGGGAGCGAGAACCGGACGAACAGUGUAGUUCUCGCACUGACAGGCAAGCAGCCCCGGAAAUUCCGUGAUGUGGCCGAAGAAUCCAAGCAUGUCUGGGCGGAAGCGAAUGCCAACAUGGACUCAUCUUUCGUGGCCAUAGAAGGUGACGGAGGUGUCGUCGGUGGUUCCCGGACGGAACGGGCGGAUGUGGAGAAGCCGAAUCCAUUGACCUACCCGAAAAGCGCCAAACCAUUUCGCCAGGCCCUGUUCAAGAACCCGACGGCAGAGUACCGAGGAUGCCCGCUUUGGUCAUGGAACACGAAGCUCGACAAGAAGAAGCUGCUCCGGCAGAUUGACUAUCUCCAGGAGAUGGGAAUGGGGGGAUUCCACAUGCAUGUCCGGACCGGCCUUGACACUGACUACAUGGGUCCGGAAUUCAUGGACCGAGUGCGUGAUUGCGUUGAAUAUGCGGAAAGCAAGGGAAUGCUCGCCUGCCUGUACGAUGAUGACCGAUGGCCAUCAGGUGUUGCCGGUGGAAAGGUGGUCAAACAGUAUCCUCAACAUAAGACUAAGCAUAUUCUGUUUACUCCUCAUCCUUACGGAACCGUUGAGCUCGGAGGUUCGGCACAAGCCUGCCGAAGCGAGGACGGUUAUCUGCUUGCGAGAUACUCCAUCACGCUCGAUGAGAAUGGUCGCCUCAAGUCUAGUCGCAAGCUUAAUGAAGGAGAGGGUGCCGAACCGGGUGGACGUGUUUGGUACGCUUACGUUGAGAUCAACCCGCCUUCUCCUUGGUUCAAUGGCCAGACCUACAUCGAUACUAUGAGCACUGAGGCUAUGAAUCGCUUCUUGCAAAGUACUCAUGAGGUUUACAAGAACAAGAUCGGCGAUAAAUUCGGAAGCACGGUGCCAUGCAUCUUUACAGAUGAACCACAAGUUGCAAUCAAAACUCAGCUGUCCAGCCCGGAUGGCGUCGAAGAUGUCUUUCUUCCGUGGACAGCUGACCUUCCAGACACCUUCAGAAAGACAUAUGGCGAGGAUGCAGACCUUGUCAGCAGUAUCCCCGAGCUGAUCUGGGAUCUUCCAGGAGACACCCCGAGUCUAGCUCGUUAUCGCUUUCACGACCAUGUUAGCGAGCGCUUCGUCACCUCGUUCCUCGACCUCUUAGGAGGGUGGUGCAAAAAGAACAAUAUUCUUUUGAACGGACACAUGAUGGAGGAACCGACCUUACGACAGCAAACUACGGCACAUGGUGAGGCCAUGCGAUGCUACCGUAACCAGUCUUUACCCGGUAUGGACCUCCUCAACGACUGGGUGGAGUACAACACGGCCAAGCAGUGUACCAGCGUAGCCCGCCAGAAGGGCAUCCGCGGGGCCAUGAGUGAGAUCUACGGUUGCACGCACUGGUACUUCACCUUCGAGGGCCACAAAGGCUGUGGAGACUGGCACGCGGCACUGGGCAUCACUUUCCGCGUGCAGCAUCUCAGCUGGCUUAGCAUGGCCGGAGAGGCUAAGCGAGACUAUCCCGCCAGCAUCAACUACCAGAGUCCCUGGUACAAAGAAUACAGCUAUAUCGAGGACCAUUUUGCGAGGGUUGGGGUGGCUUUGACUCGCGGCAAAGCCGUCACGAGGGUGGCAGUCGUUCAUCCAAUCGAGAGUUUCUGGCUGUGCUUCGGUCCGAACAACAGCGGCGAUGACGAGAUUGGCCAGCGAGAUCAGGCUUUCGCCGAGUUGACGAAUUGGCUUCUGCAUGGGCUUGUGGACUUUGACUUCAUCGCCGAGAGUCUUUUGCCGGGCCAGAUUGACGAGGACAUCUCGGCACCUUUGAAGGUUGGGCACUGCACGUACGAUGUCGUCAUUUUACCGAGAUUGCGCACAAUCAGAUCGACGACGUUGGACGUUGUCAAGAAGUUUGCCGCUGCGGGGGGUAGAGUCAUUAUUGCUGGCGACGGACCAGUCCUCGUCAAUGCUCAAGCCGCACCGCCAGAUGUCAGCUUGGACGUCAACCCUUGUACCCGAGUUGCGUGGGACCAAAAUGAGAUCUUGUCGGCUGUCUCUGAUACCAGGGACGUACAGAUUGAUUUGAAAGACGGCAACCCAACUCAAACGCUUCUAUACCAGAUGCGUGAGGAUAAUGAUGAGCGCUUUGUCUUCAUUUGCAACACUGACCGAAACAACCCUUACGAUACCUUGGUCAAGAUCAAGGGCGACUGGGAUGUUGAAGUUUUGGACACAUUCACGGGUGAGAAUAGCCAUCAUAAGGCUCAUUAUGCAAAGGGAUGGACCGUCUUUGAACACAGGUUCGAAGGAUGCGCAAGCCUGCUUCUGAGGCUCUACCCCGUCCCGGCCGAGGAGUUGUCAUUCGUUGAUAUUGCCGGUGCAGUGACUCUGGCGCCACCAAAGCAAGAGGCCGUCGAACUAAAGCUGGAAGAAGUUGUCUUGUCUGAACCAAAUGUUCUCCUCCUAGACUACGCUUCGUACAGAAUCGACGAUGACCCUUGGGAAGAUGCUACCCGUCAAGAAAUCCUCAAGAUCGACAACGAAAUACGAUCUCGUCUGCGCUUGCCUGCUAAAGGAUCGGCCUGGAAACAGCCUUGGAGCGUACCGCAGUCUGAGCGAGCAGCCAAGGUUUACGUUGAUUUACGCUUCGAAUUCGACUCGGACGUCGUCAUCAAAACACCCACUCGUCUUGCGAUGGAGAACCCUGAAGCGGCUAGGAUUACCAUCAACGGCCACAAAGUGCCCGUCGACGAAAGUGAGAUGUCUUGGUGGGUUGACGAGGACAUCAAGACGGUGCCAGUGCCGAGGAAGAUGAUCCGCAAGGGAAAGAAUACCAUCGACCUCAGCAUGCCUUUUGGCGUUCUCACGAACUUGGAGAGACUCUAUCUACUUGGCAGCUUUAGCGUCGACCUCAAGGACAACUUGCCAAUAUUGCGAGAGCGUAGACAGAGUCUGGGUUGGGGCGAUGUCGUAACGCAGGGACAUCCAUUCUAUGCUGGCAACGUGACUUACAACUGUUCGUUCUCACUCAAAUCCCCAUCUAACGUCACGCUUGCUGUUCCGCAGUUUGCCACCCCUGUGGUCAAAGUUCGGUGGGGAAAGAAGGACAGCGGGCACAUUGCGCUACAACCAAGGAAAUUAUGUCUGGGCGAACUUGAAGUCGGGAAGCAUGAGAUUUCCAUCACUGCAUUUGGAUACCGGUACAAUUCAUUUGGCCACAUCCACCUGACUGAUGGUAUUUUUGGGUGCUGGCCUGACCAGUGGAGAAGUAAGUCAUACAUCAGCAUGCGUGAACUCAACUAA